GUUGGCAGAGUGAGCGAUGGAGAGCAAGCGCAUCGCGAUCGUCUCGAUCGGGUCCCGCGGCGACGUGCAGCCGUACUGCGUGCUCGGGCGCGCGCUCGCGGACCGCGGCCAUAAGGUCGUCAUCGCCGCCGAGCAGCGCCUUGAGAGCCUCGUCGUCGACGAGUUCCGGCUGCCGUACCGGCGCAUCGUGGGCGACUCGACUGGCGGCCUCUUUGACCCCAAGUUCCAAGCCGGGCUCGCGAAAGGCUCGAUCGUCGCGAUCAUGAAGAUGACAAAAGAGUGGAAGGGCAAGUACAAGAUGGACGACAUUCUUGCAUCGUAUGUGACCGCACUCGAAGGCGCCGACGUCAUUGUGUCGGGCGGGCUCUGCCUCGCCAUGUCGUACGCGGUUGCCGAGAAGCUCGACGCGGCAUGGGUGCCGUUCAUUCUCGGGCCCACAUGUCCCACGACCGAGUUUCCUGUGUGGGCGCUGAGUGGCCUCGCCUGUGGCCUGCGCUGCCUCAACAAGUGGACGUACAAUGUGCUCUUCAAGCAGCUCUGGAAGGACGAGCAGGUCUACAUCAACCCAUGGCGUACCCAAGUCUUGGAGCUGCCCCCGAUCACGAUGCCCCUUGGUAUGCUCGAUGUCAUCAACACCAACGAGCGCAUCCGAGUUCUUAUCGGGUGCUCGGCGCUCUUUUGCGGCCCCAAGGCGCGCAUCCCAAGCGACUAUGACCCGCGCAAGAUCCAUCUGCUUGGCCCUAUCUUUGCUGCGCCGUCGCCGCUCCCCGAGACAGCAACCAGCUUUCUCAACGCCGCGCGGGCGGCUGGCACGCCCAUCAUCUACUUGGGCUUUGGUAGCAUGCCGACCGCCAACCCGAUGGGGCUGUUGCGCCUCGCGAUCGAUGUCUGCGAGCGCGUCGGGUGCCGCGCGAUCGUCGUCGCUGGCUGGUCGGCGCUCACGUCGGACGAGGCCGACGCGCUCCUCACGGCCAACCAAACGCGGCUCUUGGUGCUGCCGUCGAUCUCGCACGGAGCCCUCUUUCCAAAGGUCGACUGCAUCGUGCACCACGCCGGCAUUGGCACGUGCAACGCGUCCCUCAUCAGUGGGACGCCGCAAGUGCCGUGCCCUGUGCUAUUGGACCAACCGCACAAUGCAAAAGUCCUCGUGCGACUCGGUGUCGCGCCGUGCGCACUGCCGUUCGGGAAGCUUGCGGCUCCCGGGUUGGCCCGCGCCGUUCAAGACAUAUUGACGAAUGCCAAGGAUAUCCAAGCCCGCGCCACGGCGAUUGGCAUCAGCCUUCGGGACGAAUGCGCCAACGCGCUGGCACAGUACAUGCAGCUCAUCACGACGGCCGAGUCGCUGAACGCCGCUGCGUCCUCGUAGCCGACCCGUCGGCACCCUAUCCUUUGCCGGUGCGACGGGACACGAACGUUCAGACAAUAUGUCUUUUUAUGUUGUAUACCCCAGCGAUCUUAUGUCCAGCUACAGUGGUCGUAUUAGCCGCUGGAACUUGCGUGCGAGGGGGCUAGGGUUGGCGGCGGCGGCGCGCGGCGGUAGAGCGCUGCAGGGCGUGCUCCCAGAGGCGGUCGGCCGUCUCGUCGUGCUCAUGCUCAUGAAUGUAGAACGCAGACCAGCGCAGCUUGCGCGCUUGCCGGUGGUAGCGAGCAUGCAGCGCCUGCAGUCCGACUUCGACGGCGUCGGCAAUGUCGGCUGGUGAUGCGUCCAUCUGCACGAGCAGC